AUGCGUCUCCUGCUGCCACUAUUUUUGCUUGUUAGCCAUGUACUGGGACAAGUUAACGUUGAUUCACCAAAAUUUGGUACCAAAUACGACCUUUCAUCAGGAACUAGUAUGAUUACUGUGGAAUGGUCAGUUUCGGAUUCACCAGGUCCGAAAAAGCAAGAAAUUCUAGAGUACAUUUUCACAUUAGUAUCAGGGCCUAAUCUUAAUAUUGAAGCGUUCGAAACCGUCGGUAAAGCUGAUGCAAAGCAAGUGGAAAAUCAAAAAUUCAGUUUCCCGCUAAGAAACAACGUCGGCGCUAAUGGUUGGUAUUAUAUUCAAGUAUUGGCGUUGACCGAAGAAGGGCAUGUAAUUCAAUAUUCACCCAGAUUUCAAUUGACAGGUAUGGUUGGCGGUAGAACUCCACAACUUGCUACAGAUACAAUGACGCCCUCGCGUGAGAUUAUGCUUACGCCGAAUAUCUUAGCCAACAUGAAUUCAAUGAGUUUUUCAGUCCCAUACGGUAUGCAGACUGGACUGGCAAGAUUCGCACCAAUGCAAACACAACCAGCAACAAAAGUGACAAAAAAAACAUGGAGCAUGGUAUAUCCAACGAGUUCUUUUACUUAUUUUAAAGAUAAUAAAAGAAGGGGUGAACAAUUGACUACGGUUACUCCCGGUUGGUCGUAUGGAUUGCCCAGUAAAUGGAACGAGGCAGCAAUUGCACCGCAGCCGUCCGAAAACGGAGGUUGGUACCAUCCCAGUCAAAGGCUAUCGUUGACGCCAAGAAAAAUUAAUGCUGAUGAAAGACUCAGAUUAGCCAGUCAGUGA